AAGAAGAAUUGCGAAUUCAAUCGAAAGAGAGUUCGAUUGUAUCCUGCAAAAAGUAAAAAAGAAUUGCGGUCCCAAUCGAAAGAGAGUUCGAUUGUAUCCUGCAGAAAGUAAAAAAGAGUUGCGGACCCGAUCAAAAGAGAGUUCGAUUGUAUCCUGUAGAAACUAAGGAGAGUAAUAGAGGGAGGAAAGGAAGGGUAGCGAAAUAACACUAGGUAUAUAAGUAUUUUGAAAAAUAUAAUGAAAAUCUUACUAGAGAGAGAAGGUAGUCUUAUGGAAAGUAAAAAUAAUGAAUGGCUAAGACUUACUGUUGGUUGAAAUUUAUGAAGGUGCGAACGAUUUGGUGUUUGGCGGAGCGGGUUCAGCUUACAACGGCGGACGGCUGGUCAACGGUUGGCCGGAACUUGCGAUGGAACUCGUUGACUUAAUUUUCACAGCGCCGCGUCAAAUUUAAGUAUGAUUAAUACGAAUCCGAACGUCACAAACUCGGACAUAUAAUGUCACGGAAGGUGCAAUGGAUAGAACUGGAGUGAAUUAUGAAUCGCGAGUGAUUGAACAAUGGCGAAAAUGAGCAAAUGAGCAAAAUGAAAAAAAGUGAGCCCUGAGCUCCGGAGCUUCUUCCUUUUAUACCUGAUUCUGCCUAUGAUUCCUAUGGGAUUUUAAUCCGCAGGUGUACUGUCUCUUAUUGUUGCCCACGCGUUACCUAUUAAUUGCGCGACAAAUGUUUCGUGUCGAUGGGGUCAAUCAUCAACGCUUGCUUCUGCCAAAAUCGGCACGUGUCAAGGGUAGACCAACCGUAUAGACUGGACCGGACAAUUUUAGCAUAUCUGCGCAGUUAAGAUAGACCAUCUGUUCGCGAUUUUCGGUUGCUUGGCUGCAUCGAUUUCGAAAGAAAAGAAUUGUUACUCCGCAGGACGUAAUACUAGUAUUGCCAGCGUUACUCUUUGUCGAAAAUGUGAAAGAGAGUAUUCCUAAGGACGAUAACAAUAAUGACGACGUUUCUUAACAUGAAAAUAUUGAGACUUAAACUUUGCAUCGCGAUAUUUCCGCUCGUAGGGAGAAAAAAAAUAAAAACACUUUUAUUAUGCCAUUUCAUCAUCCGAACUACAGUGACUAUUCAGCACUUCAUAACUUCAGCGGUUACUGAUAUGUGAUAAUCUCGCAUGUUUGAAAGUCGCUAACUCGGGUGAAAGAGGCUCGGUCUCUGUUCGCUUUGCGUAAAUAUUGCGCGAGACGCGACCAUCUAUUCACCAAUAGGACCAGGAAAAUCACACAUAAAAUUAUAUUGAAUUGUAAAUCUGUGAAUUUUGAUAAUCACAAGUAAUCACUCGAGUCUAAAAGCGCGAGCUUCAAUGGAAGAUUCUAACGGCGAGCAAAAUUCUAAUUGUAGCAGUAGUCACAAUCAAUAUGACGUGGAAAAUUUUUUGCGUAGAAAUUUGGACCUAAAGUUUAUCACAAAAAAGGUCAAUGAUUUUUUGGUUCAAUUGCAGCAGAAUCGAAUAGCAUUUACGGCCUGCAAUUUCUUUGAAAUAAAUUUUGUUUAGUGGUAUGAGUAUAUAAUUUAAUUAAUUUAUUACAAUUUCUAUAGAAAAGAAACUCUUUUUGAAUUGUAAUGUAAAUAAUAGUUGUCAAAACAAUUAAAUGAAGUAAAUUUGUUUUUCAGUUUGUCGGGGUAAUCUUCAAUUAUCAAUUUAUUUUUGUUUGAUUUAAUCAACAACUAAAAUCCUUUCUUCUUUUUUUCUGAAAAAAAGACAUAUAAAGAAUAUAUCGAAAUUAUUGUUGUCGCUUUUUCGCGGUGCCGAUUGGUUCUUUCGCUGCGCUAACUUUGUGACCGGCUGUCAUCGCGGAGAUCGCGUAUUUUGACUUUGUGUAUUGAAAGAUUUAAAGGGCAAUAUUAAAUUUAUAAUUUGUAUAAAAUUAUGUAACAUUAAAAGCUCUGUAGCGUGCCCCUGAUAGCAAUUCAGUGAAAUCUUUUUAAUCUACGCACACACAUAACAAUUAAGAUUUUGUUUCACUCUAACGUGAUAUUUCUUACAGCGUUACUUUUAAGUAACUGAUCGUUGAGCAUGAGAUCCGAACGGUUGUAUCAUUACAAAUACAGAAAGCCCACAAGUCAGAAAGAAAUCACAACGGCUCGAGUGAGAAGGAAAAACAAACUAAUGUGUUCUUCACCGCUGAGAAAAUAACGAUGAAUAAAUAAUUAACAAUAAUAAAUCUGAAUUUUUAUAAUUAAAUAAGUCAUAAAAUAUAAAUAAUUUACAUACAAAAACUAUUACAAUUUUAUAAAUAAGUUAUAUAGGUUAAGUCUAACGUAUAAAAACUGAUUAUGAAUAAAUUAUAUAAAUUAAAUCAAACAUAUAGACACUGAGUCAAAACGCUAAAGACAAAUAAAUUAAGUACGUAAAACUUCCAAUGAAGUCAUUAAACAUUCAUGAUCCGGAGUUCUUUUACAAUUUUCUUAGUAGUGAAAAAUCGCAUGGUGGAGGCAUUCAGUAUCCGAUUGUAAGUUCAAGUUGAUAUUUUAAUUGAUUUUUGCUGUUGGAACUUAUUAUUAAGCUGAUGAUGACUCCAAAGAAGAGUCGAAACGUUCAAACGUAUAUUAAAUAAACAAAAAAUUUUUGUCUAUUUUGAAUGUUUUGUUGUGCGCACUGCUAACUGUACUGAUCCACAUUAGCCUUUGUAUUUUUUUAUAUUUAAAAGUCACAAUGUAUAUUGCUAUAGAAUUUUUUAAUUAUUUUUAUAAGUUAAAGAAAUAUUUACUUAAAUAAAUUGAAUAAAGUAAUAAUGAUUUUUAUAAUGAUAAUAUAAGUAAAAAAUUAGUAAAUUAUUAAAUUUUUUAAUAUCGUCGAUAUUAAACGCAUCUAUUCUUUUGCUUUUAUGGACGUUUUCGUAUUGUAAUUUUUUGUUAUUAUCAAAAGGCGCGGUUGCGUCUCGCGCCAAGUGAAGAGAAAUCAAGCCUCUUUUGCGCAAGUGAGCAACUUCCAAGCUCACGAGAUUAUCAGAUCUCAGAAAUGGCUGAACCGAUCAAGUUCUGAAUAGACUUAACCGAUAACUUGAGGAAAAUUACAUAAUAAAAGUAUUUUUAUUUUUUCUUUCCGUCUCUACGUGCGGAGAUAUUGCGAUUAAUAUUACCAUGACUCGUUACCCGUUUUAUCAAUUACCGUUUAUCAAGUUCGUUUCAACAUAGCUACAAUUUAGUCAAUCAUAUCCCACUUAGUCAAUCAUCCCUUAGAAAACCUCCAAUCGUCGAGGUUCAACCAAUGUUGAUUUUCAAACGUACCGCGGACGUACUAAUAUCGUAAUAAACCUAUAAAUUGCACGCAACAUAGUGUUGCACUAGUAGAACGUUUUUCGUUGUGCGUGAAGUAUCAGGGAAAAUUCACCACGUGUGCGCUUUUCGGAAUGUUUUGCUUCCAGACAAGAUUUACUAUUUUUCCUAUACAAUAUUCUGUAUCGCAAGGAUCUGUAAUACGUAAUCAGCAACCAUACUCUCGUUUGCAAAAUAAUAAGAGUUGAUUAGCAAAAUAAUAAGAAAUAAAAAUGGAGGAGGCGCAAGUACAUGUGCAAGUGAAAGACAACUCGAUAGAGUGCAUCUUACGUCCAAUAUCGUACACCUCCUGGUUCCUGGGUGUCGGUGUAGCACGUCCGCGAAAAGAUCUUGAAAAUAUAACGAUAAUUAUACGUAUAAUUCAUAUGGCUAUGUGUUUCUUUAUCACGAUAUACAACGCAAAAUAUUUCUUCACUCAUACUUUUCUCUUUGGUGACAGAAAAAUUAUCAUGUACACAAACUUUGUAAACAUGAUGAUCAAUUACAUUUCAGCUUAUUAUAAUAUUUAUCACGGAAUUAGGCAUUGCAAGAUUAGAUCCUGGCAGAAACUGAUGAAUGAUUUGGAAGAACUCGAUCAAAACAUCAGGAAAAAAACUUCCAUAAAUGACGAAUCCAUAAAAUUUGAUGACCGAUGUAUAAAAAUUGUUGAAGCGCUAGCAAUUUUCAUGACGUUCACUUUCCCUUCUUUGUGGCUGAUUGUUCAAAUUCUGCUUGCUUACAUCUUACCAUAUCAACACGAGUAUUUUAUAACACAAAUGCUGUUUUACUCCAUAUUAGCGCAAUCGUUGAUCAACAGUUUUGUCUUCGACAUUGUCGUCUAUGUGUUGUAUCGCAGAUUUCAAACAUUAAAUGAGUUAAUUGGCACGUUGCAUAUGUUAGAUGUGAAGGAAAUCGUGUCCAAGAUUAGACUCAUCAGAAAAUUGCAUGGCGAUAUUUGUAAACUUGCUGAGAUGGUAAAUGAUAUGCAUAGUCUUCAUCUCCUUUUCUGCUCAGCAAAUUGCUUCGUCACGGCUGUGGCUGCACUACUCAAUCUUUACAUUAUCUUGAACUCUGAGAAAACUUUGUUACUGCUGAUGUACCCAGUCUUACAAAUUGUAUAUGUCAUGCAAUUCUACCUGAUUUGUUGGAUUUGCACUCUCGCGUGUAAAGAAUUCAAAAGGACCGGGAGCAUCAUACAUAAAAUUUCAUUGAAGUGCCAACCUGUAAGACUUGAUAAUCACAAGGCGAGUAAUCAAUCGAAUCCAGAAGUGCGAGAUUCCACUGAAGAUUCGAACGGCGAGCAAAAUUCUAAUUGUAGCAGCAGUCACAACCAGUAUGACAAAAAUGAGGACCUAAAGUGUGUCGGAAUUGAGAAGAGAAACUCUUCAAUUCCAUUGAAGUGCUUUACUGUAAAACCUGAUAAUCACGAGGCGAGUAAUCAAUCGAAUCCAGAAGUGCGACGUUCCACAGAAGAUUCAAACGGCGAGCAAAAUUCUAAUUGUAGCAGCAGUUACAACCAGUAUGACAAAAAUGAGGACCUAAAGUGUGUCGGAAUUGAGGUCAGAGAUUUUUCGAAUCAACUGCAAAAUCAAAUAGCAUUUACGGCUUGCGAUUUCUUUGAAAUAAACAAAACUUUGUUCAGUGGUUUUGUCGGGGUGAGCUUCACUUUUCUAUUUAUCUUUAUUCAAUUUUAUUCAAUUAAAUAACCGAAAUUUUCUCUUUUCUGGAAAAGGCAUGUAAAAAAUGUAUCAAAAUUAUUGUUGUCGCUUUUCCGCGAUACUGAUUGGUUUUCUCGCUGCCCUAACUUCAUGAACGGCUGUUAUCGCGGAGAUCGCAUAUUUUGAUUUUGUGUAUUGAGGGAUUAAUAGGGUAAUAUUAAAUUUCUAAUUUGUGUGAAAUUAUGUAACAUCAAAAUUUUUGUAGCGCACGCCUGUUUUGUCUAGAGUUAAACAAAAUACUAAAAAUGUAUUUGAAGCGUUUGAAAAUGUGUUGAAAUUCAACGUCAUAUUUUUUUUGCAUUAUAGUACCAACAGUAAACGUUUCGUCUUUUUCUAAAUAUUUCUAUACUGUUACAUUGUAUAAUAAUGUUGUCUCUCUGAAACUUUAAUUUCAGUACCAUUGCUACUAAUUCGAGAAGAGAAAACGAUAGUCGAGUUACCAAGAACCAUAUAAUUCUAGAAAAUUAAGUUAAUGUUCAAUUCUAAUUUUUUGACCGACAAAUGUCAAAAAGUCUAAAAUAGACAGCAAGUUUUCUCAGUGAUACAUGUUCCCAAGUCA